CGUCACGCACGACAGCGCCUCUCAUUCCCCGACCACAAUGCCCAAAGUCGCCACGGUCAAGUCGCCACCCGCCGGACCCCUCGGCACACAUCCCAAUGUUCUCAAACGAAAUCAAGCAUGCCAUCAAUGUCGCCGAAGAAAACUGAAAUGUGAUGCCAAAAAGCCUUGCUCGACGUGUUCUCGCUCUCAUGCUCAUGCAAAGUCUCAUGCUGCCCCUGGAGUUGAACUACCUGAUGCCCCGGACUGUACUUACGAUGACGUGAUUCCCAUCACAACUCAGCCUGAGCCGGCCAAGAACCGAUAUGAACGGCUUGAAAACAGAAUUAACGAGCUCGAGCAUAUGCUGAAAGAACAGACAUCGUCACCACCAGAGGUAGUCCCAAACAUCCACCCCCAUGAUAUCAAUACGCCCUCCACCAUCGACGUGUCAUCUGCUUCUACCUCUAGCCCGGAUUCGAUCUCCAACAACAUAAUUCCCCUCACUCUAACCUCUCAGCACCUCCCGACAGACAAUUAUUCUGCUCCCUCCUCCAGUAUAGAUGUCUACAGCAACGGCGUAUCAUUGGAGCCUGUGGUCAUGGCAGAGCCUACCAACACGACACAAACUUCGUACAUCUCUUCUAGCUCUACCCCGCAUUAUGGUUCAGGAUACGAUAUGCUGUGGUCAAGUUGGCCGCGUGAUCUACCCUCGUACAACCUCCUACGCCACUUAGUCGACGUCUUCUUCGCGUUUCACCCCCAUGCCAGCAGACUCUUCCAUCAACCCUCCUUCAUGGCCUCCUUAUCGCUUCCACCGACCCAUGCAAACUUCCCAAGCGUUGCCGUCUUGCAUGGCAUCUGUGCCGUUGGCAGUCUCUAUACCGUUGCUGUUGAACAAGAUCCGUCGCCCAACUUGUCUGAUAUGCCACCAGAUGAGAUCUUUCAGGACAAGUAUAGGACCAAGGAACAUAUCGACUCCUUUGCAGAAGCCCAGGUCAAACUUGCAAAACAAGUCUUAGACGAGCAUAUCUCCACUGGAGUCCACUUACUGGAAACCGUGCAAGCACAAAUCAUCAUUGUGUGGUGGUAUUGGUGUCAUGCAAGAUGGGUAUCGGUAUUCAUGACCACAGGCGCCGCCCUACGAGCCGCGGUACCUCUUGGUUUAAGCUCGUCCAAUCCCUUCUACUCCAUAACUGAUACGUUACGAGUGCCGUCGUUACUGCCUCCGGCAGAAACUGUCAUAGAGGACGAGGUGCGGCGCAACACUUUCUGGUUGGCAUACGCGAUGGAACGACAGCAAGGGUGCAGCAAUGGUUGGGCUCUCAGUUUGGACGACCAAGACAUCACCCAAAUGAUGCCUGCAAAAGGAGAUCAGUUCGACCUGGGCAUAAUGGCUUCUCCCACUAAUAGGCAGUGGGCUCAUUCGAAAGAUCUGUUACUCUUACACCCCGACGGCCAGACAGAUUCAUUUGUGCUCUAUAUCAAGGGUACAAUGCUUCUCGCGAAGGCUAAGUACUUCAACGUCCGGUAUAGGUCCAAGAGUCAUCUCGGGGACCCCAAUUACUCAUAUGCGCCGGAAUUCGCCGCCCUCUGGGAACAACAUACAUCGCUUGCAUACAAACAAGCAGACCCUCGGCGCACGCGCGCCUUCAUUGAAGUCGAUAACAUCGCCGCCACAUUCCGGUCGACUUUUCCCCAACAUUUGCGAAAUCCGAUCCCCGACGGCGUUCUUGAUCCACAUCUCUAUGCAGCAUGCUUGAUACCGCAUCUGGUCAUCAUCCUUCUGCACGAUCCUCAUGCGAAUGUUGGAGGCUCUGGCUGUCUCAGCGCUUUCAAGAUCCUCCAGGCUGCUCGCGCUAUACUUGAUCUCAUCUACUCCGUUCGGGGGAGUAGCUACGAUGUCACCCUCCUUGACUUCUUCGUCACGUUCGGCUGGUUCAUGUCCGGUCGGGUUCUUGUUCGAUUUUUAGCUGCGUCUCUUCAAGCAAAUGCGGAAGACCAGAUCUUGACCCUUCGUGCGGAGAUCGAGUUCAUAGCGUCUGCACUCGCACAGUUCGGCGAACGUAUCCCCCUCGCUCAACGGUACUACGUGAUGCUGAACGACUUUGCGCAUGCGAACUGUCGAGGAGAGAGGUUCCUUGUCCAGGGCGCAUGAUUCGAGAUACGCAUACACCUCUCUGCCAGUGGUCACUCUUGCUGGGUCUCCUGCCAUUUUUUUCAGCCGUCUAUGGACCACAUUUCUAUACUCAUCGUGUGUUCUGCUAUCCGCUGUCUUCAUCCUUUUGUAUACUUGACCUUCUCUCCCUUCCUUCGUCAUAUCUUCCUUUGUUAUCUCUUUAUUAUGCCCCGUGCCUACGUGUAUACACUUGAGUACUGCGAUGCUUUUCCGGCCGGUCCCGCUGUAAUUGUUCACUAUGAAUCCAGGUCUGUCUCAGACACCUUCACC